AUGGCCGAGUAUUGCACCGAAGACAACUUUGAAAUAUCGCCGGGCGUGUUCACGCACACGCUUACGAAAGCACAAGUCGAGCAGCAGUAUGGUUGCUGCCAAAAGUACGUGUGCGGCAUCGCCUGCCCUGCGGCUUUCGAUACGAAGGGCAUUGCGGUGCAAUUUGGCAUCCCGGUGGCUGUCGUUUCCCUAUCGUGGUUUCUGAUGGCGCUCAUCAUUGCCCGCCUCACCAUCAAGGGCGACGCGCGCAACUUCUUCGUGUGCAACAGGUCCCUCCCGAUGUACGUUGUGGUGUGCGCUCUGCUAGCUCAAGGUCUUGACUCCAAUGCAACCCUUGGAAUGGCCUGCUCAUCACGGACAUGUUGCUUUGUAGGUAACGUCGUCAACUCUUACAAGUUUGCCUUCUGGGACGGCGCAGUGCUUCCCCUGGGGCUCGGCAUCUCGCUCGUACUGAACGGUCUGCUGCUGGCAGCCCCCAUCAAUCGGAUGCGGCUGCUGACAUUGCCGGAGCUGUUCGGGAGGAAGUACGGCGGCCUUAUGGAGGUCAUUGUGUCGUGCAUUGAGAUUACCUCGUUCACGUUCUUGCUGGCAGGCAACCUGGUGGGGAUAUCUCUGGUGCUCCAGUUCUGCUUCGGCCUGCCCAAGGGUGGCAGCAUUGCCAUUGCCGGCACCGUUCUGGGAAUCUACUCAGCCAGUGGCGGCCUCUUCUCCGUUGCCCUCACCGACCUGCCGCAGGUGAUCGGCGGAUUCACGGCCUUCACCGCCACCGUCAUCUACAUGAUGACUCACGAGUCCGGUCCACAGGCUGCGCCGCCCAGCCUGGGCUUUGCUCUGGACCUAGGAAACAUAACUGCCACCACCCCCGGCUACAGCGGCCCCCUGAACUGCAGCGACCCAGUAACCGGGGCUUCCACCUGCGACAACUACGCCUACCCGCAGGGCGAUAAGUUGGUUUAUGACAAUGGCAUGACUGAUCCCAACGCCUACGCGCCCUUCCCGAACGCGAUCCUCAUCAAUUGGGCCACCAUCUUCGUGCUGGGACUGGGGAACCUCUGCGCGCUGGAUUUCCAGGCUCGUUGCAUGGCCUCCAAGACCCCGAACGUGGCACGUACCUCCUGCUUCAUUUCGGGCAUACUGCUCGUCUGCAUCGGGGUGCCGUUCGGGCUGCUGUCGGGGCUGGCUCGCAAACACUACGGUCCGGAUUCGCAGUACGCUGAGUUCGCGGCCGACACGUGCAGCGCCCCUCUCGGGCUGUCCAGCUGUGCCGAGUGGCUGCCGGUGGGGCAGGAUGUCCUGUUUAGGCUACUGUGGCAGCAUGCUCCCAAGGCACUUGGAGCAUGGACCAUGGUGGCCAUCGUAACUGCCUCAAUGUCCACAGCUGAUGGCGCUAUCCUGGCUACCUCCACCGUCAUGGCGCACAAUAUCUGGCGCAAGGUUCCAAAAUACGGCACCAGCGAAGCUAACCUCUUGUGGGUGGCGCGCAUCUUCCACGUGCCUAUGACCGUGAUGUCUUGCUGUGUGGCCGCCUGGGCAUACAACCCCGCCUACCUGCUGGUGGUGGCCUUUGAUAUCGUGUUUGCGGGGGUACUGGUUCCGCUGCUGGCGGCUGUCUACUACCCGCGGGCCAGCCCCAAUGCCGGCUUGCUGGCGUGCGUAAGCGGCUCCUUGGUUCGCUUGGUGCUGGAGUUCACAUUGCCCAAGGACGGCUCUCUGGUCGCGUUUGGGCAGUACGCCCUGCAGUAUGGCAGCGCGCUGGCUGGGUUGCCGGCCUUCAUGCAGAUCGACCCACCCGACCAACAGGACUUCGCGGGCGUCUGGGAUCCGGACUCACUCACGUGUGACCAACCGCCACUGAGCGACUGGACCGGCCUUGACUCCCUCAUCUCUCCCGUCGUGUCGCUGUUGGUGUUCGUGGCGGUGUCGCUGUUCGAGCGCUUCUGGCCGGGGCUAGACAUACUGUUUUUUAUCCCUAAGGCAUGGCGCGCCACUCAACCUCUCUACCGUGAUGAUGAUAUGGAAGUUGACCCCGACAGCAGCCGUACGCCCGCACUGGCAGUUGAGAAGGCAAAGGCCGGCAUCAGCAACCCCGGCGGCGGCAGUAGCGGCUUCCCAUCCGCUCCCCGCCAUCUUAAGGACGAUUCCUCGGCGCACGGCGGCGGCACCUUUUGCGCUGACGGCGGUGCCUCAUCCGCCGCCGUCAGCCCGUUAGCUGACGAUCCCAUCUCCCGGGAGGUGCAGCUAGCGCCGGGUCUUCUAUUGCGAGAGCGUCAGGGCCGGCUGGAAGACGGCAUCUGA